AUGGCGAUACUGGGGAAGAAGGACGAAAAUAAAGAGAAUAUCAUGGCGCCGGAGGCAACUAAUAAAUAUGAAGAGGUGGAAGAUGACAUGGAGGGCAUGGGUAUGAAAGCCAAGGCACUGACGAAGCUACUUCAAACCAGCUCGGUACUCCUUAUCCUCCCUCCUCAGCAGCAUAGAAAUAUGGUGUUUGUAGCUAUAAUGGCCGACAAAAUGAAGGAGCAACAAAAGAAGCAACAAGAACAGGCCAGAAGACAGGCCACGAAAGAAAAGAACCUUACCGAGAAACAGCAGGCCACAACAGCGCCUGCUAACAAGCGGGCCACAAGGGCUAGCGAGAAAAAAACUCCAGCUGAUACAAGAAAGGGUGCUGAGGAUACCCAUGGAAAGAACACAAACACAACAAAAUUGCCUACACGAGGAAUAUCUGGAAAAAAUACGAAGAGUUCUAAAAGUAGUAUCACAAACUACUUCAAACAAGCGAACGUUGAGGUAGCAGAGGACAAGCCAACUGUGCAGGAAGCUUUAGCACUGGCCGCAGACGAAUUUGAAGCCAAGCCAUCUGCUCUCGGCGAACAGGAGGAUCUAGUUGCAACACAACAGCCCUCCUUGAUCACUGGAGGAAAGAUGAGAAAGUACCAACUUGAGGGGCUGGAAUGGAUGAAGUCGCUCUGGAUGAAUGGGCUUUGUGGAAUCCUAGCUGAUGAGAUGGGUCUCGGCAAGACGAUACAGGCGAUAUCAUUAAUUGCCUUCUUCAAAGAGCAUAACAUCUCUGGUCCAUUCCUCAUUGCGGCACCCCUGAGCACUGUGAGCAACUGGGUGAAUGAGUUUGCGCGAUGGGCUCCAUCAAUCAAUACCGUUCUAUAUCACGGCACCAAGGAACAACGUAGCGACAUUCGACGGAAACAGAUGAAAAACCAGGAACAAAAAGCGCCUGAUUUCCCGGUUGUUUGUACGUCAUAUGAGAUAUGUAUGAACGAUCGGAAGUUCCUUGCUAACUAUCAAUGGAAAUAUAUCAUUGUGUAUCAAUCACUAAGCCUAACUCUAGGACGAAGGGCACCGCCUGAAGAAUAUGAACUACUGCUCAUUACUGGGACGCCUCUGCAAAACAAUAUUGCGGAAUUAUGGUCCCUGCUUCAUUUCCUGCUUCCUGAGAUAUUCAAUGACCUGGAUAACUUCCAAAGCUGGUUUGAUUUCUCCUCCGUUCUUGAUGAUUCGAGGCAGAAUGAUAUCAAUGAAAAACGGAGACGCAAUCUCGUGUCUACAAUGCAUGCUAUCCUUAAGCCAUUCUUGCUACGGCGGGUAAAAACAGAUGUUGAAUCGUCUCUUCCAAAGAAACGUGAAUACGUGCUGUACGCCCCUUUAACGCCGGAGCAAAAGGAGCUGUACGUUCAGAUAAUAAACGGCACAAGCCGCCAGUAUCUCGAAGAGAAAGCCGCAGAGCGAAUAGAAGCUAGAAACGCUUCGGUCAAGCAGUCAAGAGCGCGGAGCUUAAAGAGAGGCGCGAGUGGUAGCGAGUUAUGUACACCAAACAAGAGCGCAAAAUCCAGCCGUGAUUCCACUCCAACGAAGACUCGUCGUCGAGGGCGGCCAAAAAACUACAAGGAAGAAUCUGAUAGAGAUUUCAAUAGCAAGCUUGCUAGGCUUGAAAAAGGGGUCCAAGACGAUAUUUCUGAGAAAAGCGAGCUUAGUGCAGAUGAGAUGGAGGAAAUUGAGAGAGCAAAGACCAUGAAACUGGCGAAAAAAGAAAUUUCGACCAAAAAGCUCCAAAAUCCUGUCAUGCAAGCCAGGUUGGUGUGCAAUUCACCGCUCAACUUUUACUGGCCAUGGGACGAAAACUCGCCAGGUGUUGACUCGACCCUUGUGACUUCAUCUGGCAAGAUGCUUCUUCUCGAUCGCCUAGUGCCCUGUCUCAUAUCAAAAGGACACAAGGUUCUAAUUUUCUCUCAAUUUAAAGGCCAGCUUGAUAUUCUGGAAGACUGGGCUACACAGCUCCGGUCCUGGAAUUGCUGUCGUAUUGACGGUGCGAUUGCACAGGCUGAUCGACAGGAGCAGAUAAAUGCCUUCAACCAAGAUCCUGAUUAUAGGAUAUUCCUAUUAAGUACUCGAGCAGGAGGCCAGGGUAUUAAUCUUACCGCUGCCGAUACCGUUAUCCUCUUCGACUCUGAUUGGAACCCGCAACAAGAUCUCCAGGCCCAAGACCGCGCCCACCGCAUCGGUCAAACAAAGCCUGUUAUUGUCUACCGGCUGGCUACCAGGGGUACAGUUGAACAGACUCUCCUUGAGCGGGCAGGUUCUAAACGCCGACUAGAAAAAUUAGUUAUUCAGAAGGGCAAGUUCAAAAGCCUGUUAGAUCCUUCUAGCUCGUCAAACCCACAACGCCAAGCGGAUGAGUUGAUGAAACUAUUCGGCGACGAAGAUAUUGAAGUCUUCGAUAUUGGUGCAGGAACAACAUCCGAAUCUUUGCUCUCCCAGAGGGACUUGGAUAUAUUAACAGACCGCAGUGACGAGGCGUAUUCGGACCAGAGGAUGAACGAGAGCGGACGCGCCUUCACGGCUGUCAAGGCGAAUACUGAUGCAGAUGAGAUUAUGGCUGACAUUACCAGCAAAUGA